CACGAAUUGGCCAAUGUGCUGGUGAGAACAAAAGAACGUCAGAGUUGGUUCCCCUAGCAAACCACGUGAGUGCAUGAGAACGCUUAAUCUUAUGCGUCGAUCGGUUCUUCUGUCCUUGGUUCUUGAUCUUGUAACGAUUGUGAGUAACCACUAGUUGUACAUCACUUUUGCAUCUUCCAUUUUUCACAAAGCAGGAUGAUGGCUUCCUUAUGUCUGAGGAGGGUGCUCAUACACGUUGUCACUUGGCACUUCGGACUCGAUGUUGGCAGCUGUUCAUCAAGCUCUAUUGUACACGCGAAGUUUCUGCGCCGCAUCGGAUCAUCUGCUCCCGAGAACAAAGCUGCUGAACACAAAGAUCAAUACGCGAAUGUCACGGGCCCUUCAGGUUCAGGUGGAUCAUCGACAGCACCUCCUGCCGGCGUUAUUAGUGUGGAGGAGAGUCCGGCAGCAGCUGCAUCUUCUAGAGGAGCUGAGGAGGUAGGUGGUCAAGAUGCGAACGUGGAUGACAAUCAAAGAGAGGCCUCGGACAACGAACAUGAAGCAGUGCAAGGACCCGACACGUCAAACGUCAAUCCGAAUGAUGAUGAACUCGUCCAGGGACCUGACACUCCUACCAAUAGACAGCAGAUGGAGCACCAGGCCAUGCAAUUUUUGGAGGGCUUCGCUGAUCCUAAUACACCAGGAGAUAUCGAUCGGGUAACGACAUUGCUGGCGCGUCGUGUGGCGAGAGCUCUGGUAUCUAUCUUAGGAUCAUUAUACUUCAUCUUUUCGUUCUCUUUAUCCUAGUUUGGAAGUCGAAGUACUCAAGGAGUCGAGACGAAAGAAACAUGAUUAUGCUUUUGUUAGGUCACAGUAGAAGAAGGACGACAACGAAUUUGUUCUGUAAAAAACUUUACUGCGCCAUCUGGAACAGGGUGCAGAUGAAGGCCCUGCACGGCUACACGGUGCCGACGCUUUGGCGGCUGAAGAUGAAGAGAGGGAACAGGCAGAAUCUAGAAGCCGAAGUCGUUCACCGCGCAGCAAUAGAGAAGCUCCUGAAGAUCAUCGUGUGCGUGAACAAGAUGAUGAUGUUGACGAUCAUGAUAUUGAUGAUCUAGCUUCUGCGUCUGCGUAUGACCACAACAACUACAAUGUCGUGCACGCAGCUCGACAUCGUGAUGAUCUACUUAGUACCUCUUCAGACUCCGAAGUAGAAGAUGGAGAGGCUGACGAAGAUGGUUCCUCAUACUUGAGGCGGUUGAUGGAAACUACUCCAAAGUCAGAAGAAGAACGUGCGAAGAUGAAUGCCACAGCACGUGGUGAGUCGCGUUCUCCAGUGUCAAAAGUCUCGCUUUUUCCGUGUGACGAUUCCGAGUCUGAUGGACCGGAGCGCUUCUACUACGGUGAGGAGGAAAAGCUACCAGUAGAGGAGCGGCACAAACGAGAACAGGAAAGGCGUGAGCGUAUGGACCGAGCAUUAAGGGAGUGGCCAGCAUGGUUCGGGAGGAUGAGGGAGCACAUGAAAGAUGCACGUCGUGUAACUGGUGGAACAAAACGCAAUAUGGUUAGCGCCGGUGGACGAGGACAUCCUAGUCAACGCCUACAAGAUAGUGUCGCAAGUUUGCAAGGCAGUGUGCGAUCUGGUAGGUCUGGUGACACUGCUGGCGAUCGCGAAUCUGAAGAUGACACCCUGAACGAGCUAGCAGAGAUGCUCCAUGUAGAUUUAUGACGACAGAGUUUUCUUGCUCUUCAUGAUUGUGUAAGAGUAAGUAUUAAGUAGUUCUUGCAAUCAAAAUCAGAAAUUAUCGGAAUCGCAUGAUUAAUGAUUCUUCAUCUUUGAUGUCUUUCUUUGUGACGCUAAUCUUUGACCCUCACCUAAUAUCUCCGCCUCUUCGAAAGACCCUGACCGAGCGCGAGCGCGCGCUUUUGUCCUUCCCACGGUUUGAUGAGUGGGUUGACGCAAAGGCGGCUGGUGAGCGAAACGCUACAGAAGAACAUGAAGCUAUUGACACGUCGAUUGCGAAGGGCCUCAUUAGGGAUGACCCGUUUUACCUGCGCACAUCGUCACAGCCAACUGGUCGUGGUAGUCUACAUCGAGGAUCAGGAGAGUAUUCAACACGAGCUUCAAUGGAAGAUCGUCCUUUCAUGCCCUUAGUGGUUCGAGACCCUGUGACAAAUGAAGAGUACAACACUGACGGCCUAUGGAGCGAAGGGCCAACGCCAGCGACUGUGAGAGCAACGCCUGCUGGUGGAGGAGGAAAAAAUACAUCUAUUUCUACAGUUGUAGGAGCAGGCGAGCAGUCUUCUUCGUCUGCUGAUGGGAGGCAACAAGCGCAAGUAGACGCCGUCGACGCCGAUCCCCUUCGUCGUCGUACUCCUCCUUCGCCUUUUUCUCCUCCAGUAGACGAAAUAACACGUCGACCGCCCCGUUCUCUCCUACCACCUGCCAACGACGCUAAUGACACGAUCGAAGCACAAGCAUUCGCACUUCACAUGUUGCCAUUGACUCUGAACAGCAACAGGAAUGGAAGAGGAUGUGACUGCCCUCAUUGUCGCGCUUUCAGGGAUUCUGUCCACGGAGUAGGCGUGGGAACUCCUACUCCUCUCUGCAGCAAAGGUACUGUUCGCAUGAAACCGUCGUCGCCUUUCGAGGAGACAUCGCGUGACGGGGAAGCUGGCGUCGAUGAGGAGGCAAUAGCGAAAGCGAAGGCAGCGGCUUUUAGAGCAUCGUGCAUGCGCCGUAAGGUGACUGUCCAUAUCACGAAUAGGAUCACUGCGGACAAGGUGUACACAUCGUCUUCAACGGGAGAAGAUGAAAGAGAAAAGGAUAAAAACGAGGAAGGCGAGUCCUCCAAGAUGAACAAGUCCAGACACGUACUAGAUCCAGACCAGCAACCAGAACCAGUGCAAGAACAUGAAAAACAUGAAGCAGUGGUGGACAAGAAUAGAUCUACUUCGGAGAUAGUCGUUCAUAUGGGUGAUCGUGUGAAGCAUUUGGUGGAUAUCUUGGAUGGGCGCACGCCUGGACCUCGUCGCUGGCUACGCAAGCUCUACGACCCCGCUACAGGCCGUCAAUUGCAUCUACAGGAUUCGAUUGCAGACUUAGUCCAUGUUGCACCAGAAUGUACAAGCCUGUCGAUGUUGUCUAAGGAUCAAAGUUCAUCUAGUAGUCCGGCUGAUCAAGAGCUCCAACUACAUCUUUGGGAAGUUCGUGAGGCACGUACGAUUUUGAGACCCAGAUACGCUCAACAGGAAGCGGGAAAUCAAGGAGCAGGAGCUGGAGGAGUGCAGAACGAAAAUGGCAUGGCACAAGUGGAUCAUGGUGGAUUAGGUUUUGCGGUUAGGAAUCUUAAUUUAGACGAGCAGCAGCAUGGGCGGAUUCUCUUAAGGCAUUUCUCAUGAAUAUUUCUAGAUAAUGUGUUUGUCGAAUCCUAGCUAUUUAAUAUCAAGGAAGCUCUUGCACCUGCUCUAAUGAUUCGUGUGCUCAACGCUCUCCGUGCGCGAUUGUUCGUUUUCGACGACCAGGAAGGCGAACUCGUACCCCAGAACAGGGUGGUUGGAGGAUAAGGCAGCGCCUUAUUCAUGUAUAAAGUGGUGGGAGAUUCUUUGUUGUGGUUACCACUAUGUUGAACAUAUUUAAGUCAUGUUUUUUCAAUGUAUUGUUGUCUGCGAAGGAAUACAUCGAAAAUUCUUGCUCUUCAUCGUGUAUUGUUGUCUGCGUAGGAAUACAUGGAAAAUCCUUGCUCUUCAUCUAACGUCACGAAAAUAAAGUAAAAACGACUAAAUGUGGAUUUCAUAUUCUUAUAACGUUUUUGAGAAGUAAAAAGAAGGGCGUCCUUCUGCAUACUCACAUGGUCAUCUUGGUUUUCAUAUCUUGGAAUAUAGUCGACGAGAACAAAAAGCUUUGGGUUUCUUUGGAGUGAGGAGUCUUUUCUCGCAUGAUAAAGAAGGAGGCUUGAAUUUCCUUGGUAUAUUUUCUACAUGUGCAAAAAACCGCCAUCGAUCUGCUCAACUACUACUCAACACACAAUGUCUACUCCACCCGCAAAGACUUUUU